ACUGCUGGCUCAGCCCUCUCCCCUGGGGCUGGUCUGCACACUGGAUGCUUUCCCGAAGGAUGCUUUGACUACACUCUCUGCCAAAGGGCGGGUGCUCCUGGAAAAGCUGAGGACAACACCGACACCCUGGACAUAGCUAUUGAUGAACAACAAGUAUGCCGACCUCGGCAUCUCCAGCUGGUGAAUCAUACCAGGCUGAGAUGACAUUGGAGCUGUCUCUUUAAAACCCCAGCACGCGCCGGGGCAAACUCCUCCUCCGGGGAGGUUCCUUUAAAUGCGAGCCAGCUGGCCCGGCCACCGCUUUACACCCCAGCAGUACCGGCAAUUGAGGAUUCCUCCCCAGGAGGCAGCCGCCUGUCAGUAUGGCUCAAGAGUUCGUGAACAGCAAAAUCCAGCCCGGGAAGGUGGUCGUGUUCAUCAAGCCCACCUGCCCCUACUGCAGAAGGACCCAGGAGCUCCUCAGCGAGCUGCCCUUCAAACAAGGGCUUUUGGAAUUUGUCGAUAUCACGGCCACCAGUGACACAAGCAAGAUUCAAGACUAUUUGGAAACGCUCACAGGAGCCAGAACGGUACCUCGCGUCUUUAUCGGUAAAGAUUGUAUAGGUGGAUGCAGUGAUCUGACGGAAAUGCAUCAGAGUGGGGAACUGUUGAAGCGGCUGAAUCAGAUCGGAGCUCUGCAGUAAUUCUAGAGCCGAUCCCAGGACGUUAUCCCGGAGAGCUGGAUGCCACUUCAGUUGAUAAGCACACUUCCUGGUGUAGUGGAUCACGUGGUGGAUGGAGCCGGGGCUAAAAGCCACAGCAACUCUUUAUUUAAAACUCUGAAAUAUGUUAACAAAAAAAGGGGGGGGGUUGGCAAAAAAGAGCUGCUUCUUCUUUUGACUCAGUAUUAAAAGUGGACCAACUUGCCCCAACCCACAGGUCUGAAAAGGUUGGUGGAUAUCUUGGGUUUCUUCUUAAUUGGCCCGUUGGGUUCCAAAAGACCCUGACUGCUAAGUGGAUUAGGAUUCACUCAGUGACC